AGUAAAAAGCAUAGCCUGCGUAUUUCUCUCUACUUUAGUAAAAUGGCGGAGCUCAAGGAAGGAGACGCCGAACAACUACACCAGGAGGACGUCGAUAUAAAAGGUGGUGGAGUCUCAGACACACUGGUCCCAGAAGAGAGACAGCCUGCUGAGGAUGAUGCAUCUUCAGCCAGUAGUACUGUGGGGAAGACUGAGACACUGGCAGGGGACAAUGAUGCCAAACCAUCAACCACAACCAGCGAUAGACACAUCUCUAUCCAGACCAAACUAGAGGGCCUGGAGGUGCUGACCGACCUAAACGGAGCUGGGAGGAAGGCGUGUCCACUAUGCCCUGAGGAGAAGUUUAAGGCCUGCUACAGCCACAAGCUACGACGCCACCUCCAGAACCUCCACUGGAAGGUCUAUGUGGAGUUUGAAGGUCAGAAGAUGUGCAUCUGUCACCUGCCCUGCAGACAGCUGAGGCCCAUCCCCAGCCCCAAUGGAGAACAGGUUCCAGGCAGGCUGGUGGCACAUUACCACUGUGUAGUGUGUUCAGUCACCAUCGCCCGCAAGACGGACAUGAUCAGUCACCUGAAACGCCACGUCAACAAGGGAGAGACUGAGGCCAGCUACUCAGGCAGCUCUGAUGUGCCCUUUGAGGAGCCAGCUCCGUCUGGACAGGCCUAUGAGAUAAUGAAAGAGCUGGGGACCAAUGUUCAGCUCAUGCCCAACCAUACGACCCCACAGAAGACUGACACUUACUUCAACCGCAAGAUGAAGACCAACAGGCAGCUAGUAUUCUGUUCCCUGGCGGUCCUGGCUGAGGAGAGGAACCCGUUGGAGAGUCUGGAUGCGUUUGGGGCCACAGGCAUUAUGGGACUCCAGUGGGCCAAGCACCUGCGGAACGCCGUCAAGGUGACCAUAACCGACAUCAAUGAGGUGUGUGUCAAGAUGAUCCGCGAGAACUGCAACCUCAACCACAUCCGGGUGGAGGGGUCGCGGGGGUCAUCCCGGGUCCCUGACGGGGGGGCGGGGGACGUGGACGGGGUGCCCAUCGCUACCGUGGAGGUCGCCAAGAUGGAUGCCAACGUUAUCAUGCACCUGAGGUCUUUUGACUACAUACACCUUGACCCGUUCGGCACGGCGGUCAAUUAUCUGGACUCUGCUUUCCGGAACAUCCGGAACCUGGGCAUCAUCUCUGUGACGUCCACGGACACGGGAUCCCUCUACUCCAAGUCUCUGAACGUCACGAUGCGCCACUAUGGCUCGAAUAUAGUCCGCACAGAGUACUACAAGGAGCUGGCUGCACGCAUGGUGCUGGCCACUGUAGCCAGGGCGGCGGCACGCUGUAAUAAGGGCAUAGAAGUGCUGCUGGCGGUGGCUGUGGAACACUUUGUCCUGGUGGUCGUCAGAGUCCUCAGGGGUCCCACCCAGGCCGACGAGUCAGCCAAGAGGAUCAGACAGCUCAUCCACUGCCAGUGGUGUGAGGAGAGGGUGUUCCUCAAACAGGGGAGCAUGGUGGAGGAAAACCUGUACAGACAACUGCCCUGCAACUGUCAUGGAAGCAUGCCUGGCAAGACAGCGGUGGAGCUGGGACCGCUAUGGUCUGGUCCUCUGUUUAACUCCGGGUUCCUGAGGAGGAUGUUGUUUGCAGCGGUGCAGCACAGUAUGGAGGAUAUUCAGCCUCUGGUCAAGACUCUGAUAUGUGAGUCAGAGUGCACAACCCUCAAGUCCUCUGUUCACGGGCCCACUGCACUCACCAACCAAGUGGAAUGUGGUGUAGUCAUCAAGGUACAGAAGGUGGAGGAGUCAGGCACCGCUGACCACUCAGGGAAGAGAAAGACAGGAGAUGAGCCAGGUAACGUGGUGAAGAAGCUGAAAUCAGAUGGGUCUCUGGAGCACCCAGCGUUCUACUACGGUAUUCACCGCCACAGCAUCAGAGGCAUGAACAUGCCCAAGUUGAAUAGGUUCCUGCAGUACUUGACGGAGGCAGGCUUCAGAGUGAGCCGCACCCACUUUGACCCAACAGGGGUGCGGACCGACGCCACGCUGGACCAGUUCAAGUCGGUGCUCACCAAAUACAGCGUGCCCACCUACACCAACACCACGGCAACACAAAACCCAGAGGAGACGGUACGGGCCAUGGAGUGACCCACCCUGGGGAGAAUCAAGGCCUCAUCACCUCCUCUCUCCCUCUCAGAGGUGACAUAUGUCUCAAAUGCCACCCUAUUCCCUAUAUAGUGCACUACUUUAGACCAGGGCCCAUAGUAGUACACUAUAGGUAAUAGGGUGGCAUUUUCUCUCUGUGCAGAGGGACACUGGUUGUAAAGAGUGGCUCACUCUGCACUGAUUUGUAUUUUCCUCUUGGUUUCAUUCAUCACUGGUACUUUGUAAAUGUUCUCUUAGAAGACACGAUGCUUCUAGAUUAAUAGAAUUCUGCUUUUCCAAUAGAGUUGAAAUAUUGGUUAAAUGCCGACAGAUAAUAGCCUCUAUUCUGCUCACUGACUCAUAUUUAUUAUACUUGUGAAUAAUUCCUUUACAAUUUUAUUUUCUGAGUUCAUCUUAAAGUUCACGGUGGCUGUUUUCAUCGUUCAAUUGUUUUUUUAUGUACAUUUUUACUCUGGGUAAAAGGUAAUAAAAUAUUGUUGCAAAGUCUGAAGCCCCACUG